AAUGUGUGGUUAGCGUUCGACAUUGGGUCUUCCUUUUUUGUUCUCCGCAAACAAAAACGCAAGCUUUGGCCAAAAACCCUGUUCCUUCCGCCUCCCGAAUCGUGCGGUGUCAAGGCCUAGCAAAAGUGCGUGAACACACGACGACUGUAUUUUACGGUGCGUGUGGUGGUGGUAGUACCCAGCAGCAGCAGCAGCAGCAGCAGCAGCAGCAUCCAUUGCCAAUUUUUUCGCUACAAUCAAACGACGCCAAAGCCUCCUCAAACGUGUAUAUAUGUGUGUGUGUGUGAGUGUUCGAGUGUGUGCAAUUCAUUAGAAAAUGUUUUGAUCGAAAGAAACGAACCAUCAACCAAACCAGUUUGCUGCCAAUCCAAUCUGCCGCACGGUGCGGCGGAAGCGUCCAUUUUUUUAUCCCCGCCACAACCCCAUCAAAAAGCAUCAAGGGAAGGGUGGUGGGAAAGUGACAUCCUUCUUGGUGACCAUUUAAAAAAAAAGUGUUUUUUCGCGCUCUACAUUCUGGUCGCGAAAGGAACACGCCUUUUGCGGCGGGCACUGUGGGCUGGCUUCCUCCACGGGGCGUGAGUGAGGGUGUGUGUGUGUAUGUAUAUGCGCGUGAACUGGAGUGCUUCACCGCCGUUCGCAUGAAGCGUCCUCCGCGCCCAAGACUGCCGAGAUUUGCGAACCAAAGCUAAAAAGCGGAGCCGCGAGGGGGGGCAACGAAAUAUGACAGCUCCUGCUUGCAUUGCUUCAGCAAACAGAAAACUCGCAACUGGUCGGCUGACUGGCGAUAAUAUGUGCUGCAGAACCAUCAUCAUCAUCACCACCACCAACACCACGACCACCGCCGCCAUCGACAGCAGCAGCCGCAGCUGCUAAACCGGAGGAAAAGUAUUUAAAAAAAACACACAACUGUGCAUAAAACGGCGCGCGCCAGGAUGGAGAACGAGUCGUUGCCGAUUCUGCUGAUCACCGCGAACGUGGGAAGCGUGUUCGAAGACCCCUCCAACUUGCUGCACCUAUGGAUCAAAGAGUUUCUCGAUCACAUCUCGGCCCGGCAGCCGGCAUUUAUCGCGCUCCAUCUGCAGGAGGUGGGCGGCAAAACGUACGAAAAGUCCAUGGAGUACGUGCAGGAAUUCAUCAAGCAGCUGUGCGAAUCGGACGAGCUGCAGGGCUACAACCGUAUCCGGGUUUACCUGGAUGAGGACUACAACUCGGCGGAACAUUUUACGGCCCUCGGGAACUUGUACUUUGUCCGGAGCACGGUCAGCCACGUGCUGAUGUGGAACUUUCUCACGCACGAGUGGGACUCCGUCGAGGGCAAGAGCAUCCACACCGGCAGUAUCGAAACGGUCGCUACCAAAGAAAAGGCAAAGUUUCCUCAACAAUUCUUCCCCGAGUGCAAAUGGUCGCGCAAAGGGUUUCUUCGUACGCGCUGGUUCCUGAACGGAACCGUCUUUGAUCUGGUUAACAUUCACCUGUUUCACGAUGCGUCCAACCUGGAAGCGUGCGAAGAGUAUCCCUCGGUGUACUGCAAGAGCCGGCGCCGCGCCCUUGUACACACGCUGGAACGAUUUCACAAAGAUACGGUAAACCGACCAGUGCCAUAUUUUGUUUUCGGUGAUUUUAAUUUUCGCUGCGACACAGAGGGCGUCAUUAAGAAGCUCACCGAAGAUCUCACAAUGCAUCGGGUACAGAACACGAAAAACGACAGUACAAAAGUGCAAUAUCGGGAUGCAACCGGCACGAAUGUGCUGACGGUGGGGAAGAAGGAAUUUUUCCACUGCGAUCAAAGCACGUUCAAGGAAGGCUGGCUGCGUCAGUUCGACCGCGAGCUGGAAUCGCUUCGCAGCAUCCUGUACGAGUUUCCCAUCACGUUCCCACCGUCCUACCCGUACGAGGAGGACCCGUUCCAGCCGGUCUCGUACAUGGCGACCCGCUGUCCCGCCUGGUGCGAUCGAAUACUGGUAAGUCCGGCGGCCCGCAAGCUCGUAUGGGAGCACGGACUGGACGACGGCAAGCCCGGCGGCGAUGGUGCCGGUUCCGGCGCCAACACUAGCACCGUUAGCUACGGUAUUAUUGGUGCGAACGUCUGCAUGGGUGAUCAUAAGCCGGUUUUUCUCAGCUUUAGAAUCAAGACGAGUCAAGGUAUUGUAGAUAAUUGCUCCUGUGAUACGCAUGUGCCUAGAAAGCUGCGUGUUGAACACCCUAUUUAUCGUAACAGUGCAAGUAUGGAUAGUAGUAGUAAUAAUAACACGAUCGUAGUAAGUCUUAGUAGUUAUGGUAGUACUGCGGCCGGUGGUGCCAGCCCGUCGCCGGACGCGGCCCUGAUCCGCCAGCUGGCUGCCACCGCGGCCCAGUGUAGCGAUAGCAGCAGCAGCACUAGUGCCGUCGCCACCACCAUCAUUCCGUUUGGGCCGGCGCUCGAUGUGGCUGGCGACCGGUUCGCCUACCACCAUCAGCUUCACUACCCGCCCGCAUGUCCCAAAUGUGCCGCCCGCAUCGAGCAGUGCUACGCGCAGAAUCUCCUCGCGCUCGAACCCCCCGGCACCGUACUGGCGGCCGUCGCUGCAGACGGCAAAGAGCAAUCGGUGUCGUCGGGGGCGGUGGCAACGGCGCCGCCACUUGCCCAUCUCGAACCUGGUCAGGCGGCGGGACCGCUCGAAUUACUGUCGCAGGCCUGCUUUCGGUAUCAGCAUCCGCUGGUCAGCAUUAACGUGUUCGACACGGACAGCAACCUUAACGUUUGCAUGUGCGCACUGUACUGUAACGCGGGCGGGGACGCGGGCAAGGGUGCCGCAGCGGCGCGUAACGGAGACGGGAAGGAGCGGGCGGGGGGCGGCAGCCCCACGAUCUGUCCGAACUGUCGCAACAUCAUCAAGCACCAGCCGGUCGAGCACCGGAAAACGCUCAUCUCCCGCCGGAUGAUGCUUGCCAACGAUGUGAUCGUGAAUCGCAUCGACACCCACUACCUUAACACGUACUCGAUGCCGCCGGGCGGUGGAGCGGGAGCGUACAGCAAUGGUGCGGGCGGGCAGCAGCAGCAGCAGCAGCAGUUCGAACCGUACACGCCGGAGAGUGCGGAAUCUCACUCGCCCCUGCCGGAGUCGAGCGAUAGCAGCAAAGCCUCGCACAGCACCAUCCCGACGAACGACAGUGACGGACCGGCGGAAGGGGAUGGCCGCCGGGCGGGCUCGAAAUCCGUGCCCACCGGCAAGGAACCGGCUGGUGUGGAGCAGAGGGGCGGCGGCUCGAAAUCGGAAACCGAUUUGCCAUACUCGAUCGCACCGGGCCCGACCAGUGAUGCGAAACGGUCGCAGACGUCACAGCAGCACCAGCAGCAGCAGCAGCAGCAGCAGCAGCAACAGCACCGGGGAGCAAAGCUGACCGACGGUGGCAGCUUCGGGGGCGUUUCGCCCCGCCAGCUCAUGUCGCGGCUCGAGAAGCUGAAGCGGCUGGCGGACGAACGGCGCAAACAGUACGGCGAAUGGACACGCAGCUUCUCGCAGUCCGACACCAGCGCCAAGCAAACCAAAGCGUCUUGCACCACUGCCACCACCACGGAUGCCCCGUCCAACGAUGAGCCGGUGCCGACGGUCGAUAGUAGUGCGGCCGAACCGGCAGAGAGUGCGCUGCUCGUACGAUCGGCGAAUAGCAAUAAUCAUUUUAACAGCCACCACCACCGCCACGAAGAGCCAGCUGCUGCUGCUGCUGCUGUCGCUUCUGCUGCGUCGACGGCAAACGUCACUAGCUCGAUUGCAAUACGCAGGGACUCGGUCAUUGCCAACUGCUGUCGCGGUAUGUGCACAAUACUAUAGUGGGGGAGAGGGAAAUUCGAAUAUUUGAUGAUCGAAUAUUUUAGCGUACAUAUUUAGGCACUACCACCAAAACUACCUUCAAUCGUAACGACAGCAUACGAGCUUCUUGCAGGUGGCUCAGUUUGACUACUUAUCUUAGGGAUCUUUACUUUUAAUGCGCGACCGAAAAGGGGAACCAAAUGUUAGAGGGAUGGACGGGAUGUGUUUGAAUGCUGCAGCUGAGUGGAUGCAGAGCGCAGAUGCAGAGUCAUUUCCAUGGAUGGUAUAUUCACCUUUACACAAAUCGCCUGUACCACGCCGCAAGAGGGGCAACCAUUCGUACUUAUUAUCUCAAGACAGCAGCUACCUCAACUCGGUUGUGCAUAUCUUGUGCGGCAAACUUAAUGGUGCCACUUAAACGCCCCACUAACCCAUCCACUGGCACACGGGCGGAAACGGACGGAGCCGGAAAAAUGAAAAGCAUUAGUGCAAAAAAAAAAAAGAAAAACAGUGUGGUGUGAUGGGCAAAACAACAGCCCACCCUUCUCGUCCAUGGGCUGUGUUGCUGCUAUAAGAAUGGGUUUAAAAUACCACUACGCACAGCUACUAACACUACUACAAAAAUGCUACUACUGCUAACCAAUACUACCACUACUCGCUUGCUCGUGCUGUUGUUGUUGUUGUUGUUUGUUUUAAGUAGUUUCCUCUACCCACCCCCUUUGCCGCAGUACAAUUUUCGUUUGUAGAAUUUUCCCCAGUAGUGCGGCACCCUUAACCGUUUUGCCGCGUUUUUAUGUGUGUGUGUGUGUGUUAAACAGUUUGCACAGUGUUGUCUGUUUGUUUUUAUUUAUUUAUUUUUAUAUUAAUUUACAAUGUGGUUACUGUUUUUGAUGCACUUACGGUUAGAAAUUAGUCUUUUUUUGUCAAUAUGUUUGUUUUUUUUUCUUCUCCUCUGCAUGAAUGUUGGUCGCCUUCAGUUCAGUUUUGUGUUUCACAUUUUUAUUUGAGACAAAAAGCAAGGUUGCUACUGACUUGUGGGACUAUUUCAGCUGUGUGACUGCCGCCCUUAAGAACGAAAAGCGGUCCUCGUUCUGGGAACUUUGCGACUUUGUCGCUCACCGGGUCUAGGAUUUUAUCCUACAACCUCUUGCGCCGUUGCAUUUUCGUCUUGCGCUUGGGUGUUGGUUCCGUCUUUGUUGCGCAUCGGGAGCUCAGCAGUUGCGAGUACCGAACAAACCCUUCUACAAAUGUUUUGGGCAAUCGGUAGUUGCUUACUUACUGUUUGCUGAUUGCUUAUUGGUAGCACAGUAAGGUAGCGCGUACUACCAUUCUGGGUAGCCAAACAUUCAUUACCCUGUUCCUGAAUCCUAAAUCCUGUCCAUUGCGUUCUGAAUCUAAACUAAAUCUAACUGUCCCUAUUUCCUAAAUUUAUUUAUAAAUUUAUAAAUUUAUAAUUUUAUUCGUCACUUACAUAAUAUCUUUUUCUCAUCCUGGGUGUCUCAGAUGCUACUCGGAGUUCUGUCAGCCCAUUCCGCUUGCCUUACCUGCGACAAGGGUCUUUCCAUGGAGGUUUGUGUCUUUCUAUGUGAUGGCGCAAUAACUGAACAUUGAUCACCAAAACAGUUCAGUUUGCAGAUCAUAGGUCUCUCCUGCAGUUGAUGUUUUCAUUCUCCUUUUUAUUCACUAAUACGCAUAGUGAGUGAUCUCUUUAGAUGAUUAUUUCGUUCAUUCAUUACACAACAUUGUAAUGUCAUCGGCUUCCGGGAGAUCAGUUUUGCUGACUUAAGCCGAGGUGGAACAAACUGUUCGCAGUUCGGAAAUCCCUUACCUAGGCCUUUUGGGUAGAGAUACAUUUCCAAGCUCCAUUCCAUUCCAUUCCAUUCCAAGCCAUUCCAAGCCAUUCCAUGCAGUUGUAGAAAGAAACACUACAAGGUAUAGAAGAUAUGCCUGCACCAGAUGUCCUCCGUUGCCAUGCGGAAUUUUAAAAUUCCAUUGGCGACUGUGGAUGGUUUUGAACCUCAGAUGAGCAGAAGUUAAUAGUAGUAGUGGUUAAUUUAAUUUAAUAUUUUUGAAAAGGUUCACAAUCUAUUGAUCCUUAUCCCACUCGACGAGCAUGCCGUUCUAUUGCUUGGUGCUCAUACGGAGGUGUUCUUCUUUGCGAAUGUGCUUGAAGACACAUAUUAAUCUUACUCGUUCCGAUUGGUCGCCAGGUGAUAGACCCUCAAGCAUUGCAGAGGAAGGCUUCCAGGCUCAAGAUUCGAGACUCCUUUCUUGGGUUGACCUGUAGGGAACUACCGCUUUCCACUCAAAUUAACUCCCUCUGAAACUCACUCAGGAGGCUGCACACUUGGUAAACAUCAAUAUUGUUGAACGGUCACGCCUAUAGUUCCUUCACAUUGGUUCUCGCGUGGCGUUGUGCUGCUCUCAUUGCUUGCUUUUGCAUCAGAGGUUUCCCUAUUUUUCAUAUGGAUAGCACCCGUUGGAUAGUGCAGAUCACUAAAAGAAAUCACAUUUGUAUGUCCUGAUUAUUGUGAUCGAGUAUUGUUCCAAUGUGUGCAUAAUGCUAACUUGCGUAUCGCCGUCUAUGCUCUUGGGUUUUAAAAAUGCAUAAUGCCAAAUGUAUACGAACCACAACAAGAAUAUACACAUGCUAUGUUGUCAGUCUUGCGAUUUGUGGAGUUCUUGGUGAACAUUUAGUUGGUACAAAAUUUGAGCCUGAGGAUCCUCAGAGUUUUUAAACUAAUUUGGUCUGCUUAUGACCCAUUUUUGACGAAAGACGUGCUCUUUAGAUAGAAGUAGUACUCACCGAGGGCACGAAUGCAAAGGUAGACUUAUGCAUUUAAUAAUGGUCGUGAAUAGUGUCUUUUAUUGAUGAUAAAAGGUUUUUAUGCAGGGUUUUUUUAUAAAGCAAGGAGAUUGGAUAGGAAGAGAAUUUGAUGAGUACGGUACCGAUAUUGUUGCUGUCGACGAUAUAUAAUUAUGUGAACGACUACACCAUUCGCCCAACAUGUUGCGUACAUGUUGCUAUCCACGUAACUAUAUGUAAAUUCCAGUGUUGUCAAUGCCACUGGUGUCUCUGCCAUCGGUCAAUGCCUCACUGUAGUUGUUUUGGUGCAAUAGAAUUGCUGUCUGUUUAAGUCGUUCGGAGUCGGAGUCGUCUGAAGUCAUUCGGAGUCGUCCAGAAUCGGUUGAAGUCGGAGGCUUCCGGAGUCAGCCCGAGUCGACCUUCGGAACAACGGCCUGUAUACGAACGACUUUGACGACUUUGGACGACUCCGACUUCAUUGACUCUAAUUGACUCAGGAAGCCUCCGACUCCAACCGAUUCCGGACCGACUCCGAAUGACUCUAAACGACUCCGGAUGACUCCGGAUGACUCCGACUCCGGGCGGAGACUAUUCGUUCGGAUUUUGCCAGAAUCGAAUCGGAGUCGUAGGUACGCUCCAUAGAGCACAUCACUAGUCGGGACUGUACGGCGGGGUGGGAUAGAACAUGCAAUUUCAGUGUUUCCAAAUAUUUUUUCAUCGGUGCUGCCACAUGUGGUCGCGGAGCAUUAUCAUGCAGCAAAAUGACUUUAUCGUGUCUUUGCGGUACGGGUUCUGAUGGCUCUCAGGUACAGACACUUUGCAUCUUACUACUAAUAAUACUUAACUAACCAAGUAUACUUAAUAUGUUAAGCAAUACGGCCUGUUUGAAUUGUUCCUUCUGAAGGAGAGAAAAAGGAUACUUAAUCUGUCUGUAAGGAUUGUAAAUACGCGUAACCAGUGAAACUACUGUACAUUGUACAAUUCUUAACAACUGUCUGUUUUGCCUGUGCUUCCCUUUUUAUAACCAAAUCCAUCCUUUUCUCCCUCUUUAUCGACCCUCUUCAGUUUGUUCCGUCUCUUUUGUCGAAACCAUAUACAAAUACUAAGUAACUUAUUGCAGCAUCGAAGCGUCCUGGGCUUUGUCCAGCAUUCGCUGGCGCGCGCGCGCGUUGCCCAUGUGACAUACUACUAGACCUAGUGCAUACGAAUAAAAGAGAGAAAAAAACGGGUUAUUCAAUUACUCGUCCCCCUUUACCACAGCUCGCAGUACUUAACCACGCACUUAACCUCACUAACUAAAUCCAUUGACCAGCUCGAAUCUACAGUGCCACUGAAAAAAUAAAUCACCAUCCAUGCGAUAAUGCUUUGAACCUUCUUUUUUUUUCUUCUGCCUCUCUUUCACCGGGGCCCGCGGGUUCGCCUGGCUUUGCAGGAAUGAAGCAGAGUGCAUUUAUUUAUUCCAUUUAGACACUUAAUUCGCUAUCGCAAAAGCUCACACGGUUGUCGUGCACACAUCUUCUGCGGAACAGGGGGUUUCGGGGUAACGGUUGUUAUCGGUGAUAUUAGGCAUUUCGAAGCAAAAGCUACCCUACCCCUCCACCAACCCUUUCACACAUACCAGUGAUUCCAGUGUGUGUCGCCAUUUUGUGCAGGGGAAUUUUUAUGUAAAACAAAAUGUGGUUCAGGUUUUGCCAAACACAGGAGGGUGGAGCACAAUGAGUAGUAGACAGUAGAGCAGUUAUUUAUCUUUGCAGCCGUGCAGCAGCAGGGUCAGUCAGUAGGGUUUUUUUUAAAUGUGUAUAGGUAAGAUGCUGUAUCCUCACAGCUCAGUCAGUAGUAGUCUAAGCAAUUGCAUAAGUCCUUCAAACGGGGAGCCCUAAAAAGCCUUUAUCAAAUACACGUUGUCGUCGAGAAAGGA